AUGGAAUCCCCAUAUAUUACUUUUUUUAUUUAUGCUUUUAGAAUUCUCUCCUUCUUUUGCUCAUUAGUAUUAGUAAUUAAGGUCAGAAAAAUAAAAAAUUUUUUACAACAACAACAACAACAACAACAACAACAACAACAACAACAACAACAACAACAACAACAACAACAACAAAAUAAAAAUAUCGAAGCUAGUGCUUCCAUAAAAAUAGACUCCUUAGAAAACCAAAAAUCAUCCUCUUCCUCUUCUUCUCCUUCCUCUUCUCCUUCUUCACCAUCAUCCUCUUCUCCCUCCUCUUCUUUACCAUCAUCUUUUUCUUCAAAUUUAUCUUCCGGAUUAUCUUUUACUUCACGAUCAUCAUCACCAAUAUCCUCUUCGCCAUCAUCUUUGCCAUCAUCUCCUUCUUCUUCAUCAUCAUUACCUUCAUUAUCACCAAUAAAUAAUAGUUCAUUGAAACCAGAUGAUAUAAAUAUUGAUACAAAAGAUAGGGACAAAAUUUUAUCUUUAAAAAACGAAGAAUUUAAAGAAUCAGAAUAUACCAAUGGUAAUUCUAACACCCACUUCCACUAUCACUAUCACAUUCAUAAACACCUUCACAUUCACCUUCAUCAAAAUGAUUAUAGUGAUGAGGAAAGUUUCGAUAUAGAUUAA